CGCUGAUGACGUCCUCUUUACCCGCUGCUCGAGUGGAGGAAAGGAACUUUCAAGUCCGCCAUCCAUCCUAGUCUACAAUGGCCGAGGAAGGCAUCGCUGCUGGAGGUGUGAUGGAUGUCAACACCGCUCUCCCUGAAGUGCUCAAGACCGCACUCAUCCACGACGGUCUGGCCCGCGGCAUCCGUGAGGCUGCUAAAGCCCUGGACAAACGUCAGGCUCAUCUCUGCGUCCUGGCAGCCAACUGUGACGAGCCCAUGUAUGUCAAGCUGGUGGAAGCUCUGUGCGCUGAGCACCAGAUCAACCUGAUCAAGGUUGACGACAACAAGAAGCUGGGCGAGUGGGUUGGUCUGUGCAAGAUCGACCGUGAGGGCAAGCCUCGCAAGGUGGUGGGCUGCAGCUGCGUCGUCGUUAAGGAUUAUGGCAAAGAGUCUCAAGCCAAGGAUGUCAUCGAGGAGUACUUCAAGGCCAAGAAGUGAGCUGUCAAUAAAACUGUGGAAGUCA